GAGUGUAAACAAUUCUCAUCAAACAGUUAGCCCUCCCGAUAAAACAGGCCUUAUGAUCUACGGGAAUUUCCAGAAAACAUCGAGCAAAUUUUGCAAUCUGCCCACGAUAAUUUAUCACGAGAUUAAAAUCUAUGGACUAUCAAAGUGAACCGGAUCUAGCCACGAAGCUUUUAUAGCAGGGCUGAAAGCUAUAAAGGGAGUACAGUAACACAUAUCUUGGCCAGGGAGGUUGUUUAUUGUGUCGACAGGCCGUCUGCGCUUUACCACGGGAACGAGGAGACAAUCGAAAGGAGCAAGCCUUUAAUACAUCUGAAACAGGAUCGAGCAGUUGGUUCUCUAGACAAAUCAUUUGUUUGCGGCUAAAACGUCAUUCGUUGUCCAGAAUGAAGCAUCUACUGAAGAGACAUCAUUUCUGGCUGGUCAUCUUAUUGACACUUGCAUUUCCCGAAAUGCUUGCUUCGGCUCUGGAUCUUGAGUUACCUGAUAACAAACAGCCUCAAUGCGUUGGGAUAUCAAGAGGUAAACACUUUGUCCUUGGGUUUAUUGAUAAUAUCAAUGACGGCUACCUCGCAUCCAGGGAGCUGUUUAUUUUGGUGGUGGCGUUUAGUAAUCAGCAAACCACGGUCACCGUCAGCAGUAAGCACGAAACAGAAGGGAAACCAUUCCAGGAGACCUUUGUGAUCGAUGCUGGUGGAUUUAUCAAGACCAACAUACCAGUUGAACUGGUGAUGGAAAACACAGAGAGAAGCCAAAAAGUGCUGGACAUUUCAGCAAGCUCUGAUGUUUCUGCUUACGGUCUGAUGUAUCAAGAUUACUCCACUGACGGUUUUCUUUGCAUACCCACAAACAAUCUUGGCAUGCAAUACGUGGUGACGACGUCAAGACCAUUGGGUGAUCAACGAUCGCAGUUUGCUGUACUUGGGACAGAGGAUUCCACUUUGGUCCAGGUUACUGUACGGGGAGCUGUUACAUUCCAAGGGCAGAGCUAUAGUCCAGGUGACGUGUUGAGAUUCACUGUCAAUAACUUAGAAGCCGUUCAAAUCCAAGGUAAUAUGUUGGUAGAUGUAACUGGAAGCAUCAUUCAGAGUGACAAACCAGUUGCUGUGUUCAGUGGCAAUGAAUGCACAAACCACGCUGGUUCAGCUUGUGAUACAGUGACUGAGCAGUUGGUACCAGUUAAAAGUUGGGGACAGAAACACAUGUACACCGCGGCCCGAAGUGACGAUGACAACAUCUACCGAAUUGUUGCUUAUUUCAGCGAAACAAACCUUACCAUUCCCGGCCUUGAACACCAGUCGUUGGAACCGGGUGAAUUUUGGGAAGGGCGUCUUUCGGGUUCCGGCCUCGUUACGUCAAGCAAACCCGCUCUGAUGAUGCAGCAUUUGGCGUCCAUCAAUGGUAUCACAGUCGACCCCUCCAUCAUUCAGGUUCCUGCAGAAGAACACUUUGGGUUUGUGUUUGGAUUCACGACCCCUCCUCAUUCUGCAGGUGAUUCCGGUGGUUACUUCAAUUUCAUCAAUAUCAUUGUGAAAAACGAUUCUCGGGAAACCGUUUAUCUUAACGGCUCCCUAAUCAACGGCACAAAUGUACACGAAAGCGAUGUUCCUCACACUAGUUACAUGUCACUUACUGUUCAACUACCUAAAGGCGAAGGUGUCUACUACGUCGAACAAACAGAUCCUUAUUCAUCACCCCUCUCCGUCAUUGUCUAUGGGUAUGAGAGUUCCGAAUCCUAUGGCUACGCCGCUGGUCUGUCUCUCCCCAGCAAUAAACAAGUGCUGAGUUUGACACCGUACUAUUUACGAGAACUUGGUGGCGAGCUUUUUACGGUAACUGUUCCCUGUUUGCAGACAAACGCUAUAUCCCUUCAAAAUGCCAUGUGCAAAUUUUCCACUGGCUUCGGAGAUGUCCUGGUUCCUGGUGAACGCACCGACUCUUAUACCGUGGUCUGUAUCACCCCCACCUUUUACACGAACGGACUUACAUCUGUCUAUGUUUCGCUUGACGAUGGUGAAUCAUUUCCGUACUCUGGCAUUGUGUACGUUGCAGGCGAAGAAGACCUCGCACCACUAGUUCAAAUCCAACAAGUGACAUCUGAAUAUGGCAAUGGCAUCAUUGACCUUACCUUAGGUGACCCAAUCGUCUUAUCUUGGGAUCCCAGAAGUCUUGGUGAAGGCGUUUCACAUGUGACUGUUAUGAUGCAAGACACAGAUUACGACAGUGACGGUAAUCCAGUCUUGAUGGAAGGUGUUGCAGUGAAGAACAAUGUCUUGAACAACGGAAGACUGACGAUACAUGCAAGCGACCUGGAAACACUCACCAGUGAUGGUUUGUCACUCACAGCAUUUUAUCUUACUCCAAUUGGAAUGACAAGACAAAGAAGUAUUGGGAGUUUGUUGUUGCGCUUACGUCAUUAUGGUCCAGCUGUUAUUAUAGUUACUGCAAUCACAUGUGAAGUUUCAAAGUACCAGUUAAAGGAUACUACGCCUACUGGGCUUCCUUCGUGUCCCUGCAACACAGCACAAGCUGACCGAGACAUUCUUAAUUUUCAGGAGGCGAAUUUUAUGAAUUCCGUCUUCCAUCCGGGUGCUGCGAACUGUUAUCGUUCUGUUAAUUCAUUGCCGACUGGAGCAGGCCAACAGUGUUGCUACGGGAACGACGGUAACAUCCUUGUUGGGCCCCGUGGGGGAGGAACAGCCGACAGGUACAGUCCGGGAGAACAUUUCUGGAAACAUCAAUGGUUCGACGUUCUUCCUUGGCUUUGCUCGUGUGUACUGUCAAACGACUGUAACAACUAUUACAAGUACAGGCCAUCAGAUGACUGUUCUGACUACGAACCACCUCGACCGGCUGGGGGCACUGGGGAUCCCCAUCUGACAAGUCUAGAUGGCUACAAGUUCACCUUUAACGGUGCAGGAGAAUUUCUAAUGGCGUCAUCUGCAGAAAAUAACUUAACCUUUCAAGCCCGUAUGGAGAGGUACCGCAACACCAACGCCUCUGUGUACACAGCAUUCGUUCUUCAAACCAACGAUUCCUCCAAAGUCCAGAUACAGAUGUCUGAUAUGGCAUUCGUUCUUCAAACAAACGAUUCCUUAAAAGUCAAGGAGACACUGAUUCUUGUAGAUGGUGAGCCAUUGCAUCUUGACUCGAUACCUUUCAAAGUUCAUCACCUCAGAGGUGUUCAAAUCCGCUUCAACUCUGACUUGACCAAAAUCAACAUAGCCUUUAAUGCUGGCAUCGCUGUCACCGUGUACAUCGAUACCGAGGUGAUGUCUUUCAUCGCUCAACUGGAUACCAAGUUCGAAGGUCGGGUUUCCGGGCUUCUUGGUAACCUAAACGGAAAUCCAGAUGACGACCUUCAGUUCCCAAACGGAACCAUUAUGCAGCCUGGUUCUUCGCUGAAAGAACUUCACGAGUAUGGUUUGGAGUGGUUGGUGGCUAAAGAAGACUCUAUAUUCACCUACAUUUCCCCAUUUGACUACAACACAUACCACUUUCCUGAGUUUUCCCCGAACUUCGAGGUUCCUGAUCUGAACAAAGUGAGUCAGGAAAUCAAGGACCUGUGUGGCGAUUCCAUUGAGUGUGUCUUCGAUGCGGUAAUCACCGGCAGCCUGUCUUUUGCUAACGAGACUCUGGUGGUGGAAAGCACAAUAAGUGAAGUCCAGAAAGGGUUGGUGAAGAUUGUCAGUUGUGGCUACCCGGGUGAUGUGGAGAACGGAAAGCUGUCAGGGACUGUGUAUCUCGUUAACGCCACUGUGGAUGUGGCUUGUGAUGAUGGCUUUUCCUUGAAAGGGUCUUCUAGUCUGACUUGUCUUAAGGAUGGUCAGUGGUCUUCUGACCUUCCUAUUUGCAUUGACGUAGAAGAUGGAGAGAAGAAAGGGCUAGAUGGGGGCAUCAUAGCUGCGAUUGCUGUUGGUGGUGUGUUAGCUGUACUUGUAGUCUGUGGGCUUAUGUACUUUUCGAUCAAGUACGUGUUGCAUAAAGGCAAGGUCGGGGUCGGAAGCUAAAUAACAAUGAAGAGGGAUUAUAAAAUGAGCCAUUCAAAUGUAUUCGUAGUAUGUCAUGCAACUGGUUCUCGUUUGAUGUAGUAUCUUUCAUUAAUUUUAAGGUUGACCGUGUGGGAUGCCAUGUUUGUACUUUGCUCGUUCCCAUUGCCUUAUCCAAGGGCGUUGGUAAUUUCUUUCGGUUCUCAUUGGACGGAUUUUGUUUAACCAGUGACCCAGGUUCAACACUUCCGUGUGAGCAUAACGUGCAUUUACCAUGUGCACAAGUCAUCUACCCCAAAUUAAUGAUUUGUGACCUUGUUCGUUUCCUUCACAAUAAUUAGGGAAAGGAAUAAGCGGACACCAGUGCCCUUCAAUUCGAUAGGACAGGGAGACGAGUAAAUGUCUGCAUAUUCUAUUCCCCCAUGAAAAUAUACAGGACGUGCAAUUGGUGAAUAGCCAUGGGUUAAUGAAGGCCUAUUACAACAGUAACCAGAUUGUUAAAAGUCAAACCAAAAGUCCCCUUGCACCUUAUACGUCACAUCUGAUGCAUGUCUGUGUUCCACUAAGUUACGCAAGAGCAGAAACCUGUUUUUUUUGGUAUUGUCACACAUUGAAUUUAAAUAACAAAACUACUCUCAUUAAGUGGUCUUUAAUGAUAGGCUUAUACAAGAAGCGUAUAGUACAUGAGAUCAAUUUGUAAUGAAGCAAUUGCAUUCCUGCCAACAUAUCAGUGUUGUAGUGGAGACCCUGCAAGACCAACACAAGACCUCCAGUCUCAGUCCAAGUCACAAGCUAUUCAAAUGAACUACAACAAAGGCAUUCCUGUCUGGUCUUGUGAUGGUCUCGACUACAACACUGCCACAUAUCAGAAAAGAAACAGAAUGCAGAAAGCCAAACCUUUUUAACCGAAGACCUAAUAUGUAAGUUAGCAGAAAUACUGUAAGCCUACAGUGUGUUUCUUUUAAUAGUGUUAUGGACCAGUUGGCCUCAUGAAUUCAUAGUUUAAAAAUGUCAGAGCAUGAUCAUGAUUAAAUGAGAAUCUACAAUACAUGGCUCAGAAGAUUUUGAACCUUAGAAUUAGACUUAAUUGCAACAGUUUUAAUUGCAAACCCCACAACACAUUCAUUUAUACAUAUAUUUCUUUUUUUUUCUUUAUAAAAAAAAGGAUAGAGUAUCGAUACAUUUAACUAGAUAUAAAAGUAUUUUCGCAGCUCAAUUAACACCUACUUUUUGCAAAUUUCAGUUACAUAAUAUUGCAUUGCAAUUGGAGAGUUAAAAGUAUUUCGUUCCUAUUGUUCAACUAACGGGAUUGUAGUGAUAUGUGUAAAAUGAUGUAUUCUUCACACUUUUUCAAACACUUCAUGCCUUGCAUUAAUAUUCACUUCUAAACAGUUUGCUCUAACAGUAUUGUUGCCGACAAGUUUGUUUUAUAACUAAGAAAUGUACAUGAUCUCAAGUAUGUUAAUAAUACCAAAACUCUUUUGCCAAGAGAAUUUUA